GCUUUCAGUCAUAGAGCUCGGCUUAUACAUCUGACCUCAACAUAGCAGACUCGGACCCGCGCCUGAGCAGCACCACACACCUUGGUGCUGUUAACCUAACAUCAGGCCGGUGCACAGCGUAGACGACCAGCGCGCUGCCUCUCCCAUUGGCACGCGUAGAAGCCUCUUAACUGGUCCUGCGUUCCGUGGCUGCAAUUAGAUUAACCUAGUCCUUCUAUCUGGUUGGGCGUAACCGCCAUCCGCUCUCGGUAACCCCAACAACCCGCUCUUCCUAAUUUGACAUCCACGCCUCUUCACUUUUGGUGACAAGUCGUUUCGUCGAUGCGGUCGCAAUCCCGAGCGCUCCUCGCGGGCGCCGCGCUUGCGGUGCUAGUCGCAUUUCUGCUAUGCGCUGCACCAGCUAGUGCUUCAGGCGGGUUUCUUCAUCUUCGCGGAACUCGUCACCUGCUAGCGAAGGCCAAGCCUCCACCACCUCCAUCUCCAUCACCGAAGGCCAUCAGCAACGCUACCCUUUUUCCUCCGGGCUGCAACUGCGAGCGCGCCUCGCGUAAGUCUCCUUUCCGCCUCACUCUCGACGGCCCUGCUUCCGGCGCGGAGCCCGGCCUUCAGCGCUACUGCUUCCGCAUCGACAAUGUGGGCGGCUGCGACCCCUCCCUGUACUGCUGCAACGGCAACCAGGGAGUGUACAAGGUCGAGUUUGAUGUCGCUGCCAAGUGCAAGGACUCGAUGCGCAAGGUUACGGUUGACGGCGUCACGACCUCGUACGAGUUCAGCUCUGCCCUCAGUGUGCUGCGUGUGACGGGCCUGUCCAAGACCGCCACCUCCGCCGCCGGCACCGAGAUAUGCCUCUACCUCGCGGCGCCCUCGCUGUGCCCCGGACUGGCGCAGCUCUGCUCCGCGGGCGCGGGCCUCUGCAAGUACGCACUCUUCAACGCAAAGAGGGACUGCUGCCCUGUCGGCAUCGCCGGCAGCACCCCGCCUCCGCCGCCCUCACCGCAGCCCCCUUCACCUCCGCCGCCCUCGCCGCAGCCUCCUUCCCCGCCACCGCCCUCGCCUUCCCCACCACCUCCGCCUUCGCCUCCAUCUCCUCCGCCCCCUUCGCCUCCCUCGCCCUCGCCUCCUCCUCCCCCUCCUCCGCCGCCCCCUCCCCCCCCUCCUCCUCCUCCGUCGCCCCCUCCCACUCCUCCCUCGCCCCCUGAUACCCCUCCUAGCCCUCCCGCCGUCCCCAACUGGCCCCCUCUGAGGCCCCAGGAGCGCAUGCCGCCUCCUCCCUCCCCUCCGGGCGCCACCGACGUCCCUCCUCCCCCUCCCGGCACCACCACCGACGUCCCUCCUCCCCCUCCCGGCACCACCACCGACGUCCCUCCUCCCCCGCCGGUGGUCUCUUCCGUCCCGCCUCCCCCUCCCGGCACCAAGGUCCCGCCUUCUCCUCCCAAGUCCUCGCCUCCUCCUUCCCCUCCCACCACCCCUGCUCCCCCUCCUACCUUCCCCUACUGCCAGUGCCAGCGUAGCGCCUCUGGCUCCCGCCUCUUCACAACCGCCUCCGACAACGUGACUGUUGUGAACGGUCUGACGCGCGUGUGCUUUGACGUCGGCGUGAAGGCCGUGUGCGACAACCCGGCCUCCAAGUGCUGCCAGUUCGGCCUCUACAAGAUGGAGAUUGACGCCGACCCCACGUGCGCGGACGCCCUGGCCUACACCACUGUCGACGGCGCCAAGCGCGCCCGCUUCUUCCAGACGUCGCCCUACCCCGUGAUCAAGAUUACCAACAUUAACAAGACCAUGAAUGCAGUUGCCGGCACGGAGGUUUGCCUCUUCCUGCGCCCGCAGUGCAACUCGCUUGCCAAGCUGUGCACUCGCCACGAUGGCUCCUGCACCAUCGGCCUCUUCAACAAGCCAGCCUCGGGAGGCAACCCCUCGUGUUGCCCUCUGUCCACGGUAUCGAUCUAAAGCAGACGCAAAAGCAGCGGUAGCAGCUGUGGCUGCUACAGCUAAUCGACCAUGCUAUAGCGCUGUAUGAUAUCCGUGUAUAGGUGCGCGACGUGUGGUGUGUUGCAUGUUUGCAACUUGACGAAGAAGUGCCUGUGCUUCGUAGCUGACGUGAAUAUUGCGACUGGCUGUGUACAUCUUAGUUUAGCGGUUGGCUUGCCUUUCAACCGCUGUUGCGAUGACGUAAUGCAGUUGCUUUGUCGUAGGCUUGCUGUUGCAUGCACGGUACGGUUGUAUAUGCUUGGGCUUACUUACGGCUCGGGAAGGACCUUGUUUAGCCCAGCCGGCAAGACCCGGUAGUGGCUCAGCGCUGCAAACGUGCAAAUGUUGGUAGUAGAUUGCAGGUGUUUUUGCGGGGCAAGUUGGUGACGCUGGUAACCGAUUUGCAACAGACACGUAUAUAUCCCAUAUUCUUUCAGAGGAAAAUGAUGGUGUGCAAAUGCCUGCACCACCAUAAGUUUGUAUUUAAGUUGACAGCUGGUGUUUUGGAUCCAGCAUCGUUUACACGACCCAACAUGUGGUGCGGUCAGCAGGAUGUGUUCUGCAGCGUAGGACUUCGCAUGGUGCGCUUAGCCGCACGUGCUAUUGAUUA